GUGUCAGCAAGCAAUGCAAGGCCCAUGGGUAUUGUUGGGCAGAUAAAUUUUAACGCAGAGUCGCAGAGUGUUAAUAGUGGACGGCCAGAAGAGAUCUCGACCAUCUUUGUGGUCGGAUUUCCUGAUGACAUGCAGGAGCGCGAAUUCCAGAAUAUGUUUACGUUCUCCUCCGGCUUUGAAGCUGUGAUCCUCAAGAUCCCAAACAAGGAGUAUACGGCGUACGGGUCGUUCAGUGGCACGACUUCGACAGCUCCAUCUGGCCUCUCGUUAGAUGAACCUUCGCACUUCAAAGUGGGACGAGGGCUAGAUGGCCAGCCACCUCGAAAGGAGGGGAUCAUAGGGUUUGCCAAGUUUCGUACUCGUCAGGAGGCGCUUGAGGCAAGAGAUCUGCUUCAAGGCCGCUGCAUCGACAUCGAGAAAGGUGCAAUUCUGAAGGCUAAAAUGGCGAAGAAGAACUUGUACACCAAGCGAGGCAUUGGU